GAAACCCCGAGCUUCGCCUCAAUUGGCAAAAGUUCGGGCUCUGCGGCCCCGCCCCGUGGCGGCGCCGGGCUCGUUGUUAUGACGACACGGCCGUAAAGCCGCCAUCUUGAUGGUUGCGGCGCCUUGCGACAUGGAGGCCGCGAUGGCAACGAGCGCUGGGCCGGCGGGGCUUACGGCAGUUGGGCCACGGGGACAGGAGUGUGUGGCUGAGGCGGUCUCCGGCGCGAACCAGGGGCCCGCCGCCUUCCUCAGUCUCCCGGCGCCUUUCGGUGAAGAAGAUGAAGAUGACAGGCACAAGUGUGGUCGGUGCCAGUCUGAGUUCACUUCUUUGGAAGAAUUUGUACAGCACAAAUUACAAAAGCUUUGCCAGAGGCAGCAAGAUACUACAGCAGUAACAACCCCGGUCAUUUCAUCUGUUGAAGAGCCUAUAACUGUAGCUCAUAUAGUUGUUGAAGCUUCUCCAAUAACAGAAGAAAUCAGCAACACAUCUGCAAUACUAGGUAGUGGGCACAUCAAAGAAGUCAUUGUAGCUGGAGACCAUGUAUUUGAAAGCCCAAAUGGCCACAUUGAUGGUGACCCUGGAGAGGGGCAGGAUAGUCCUGAAGGCCCAGAAGAAGGGGCCUCCAUGGAGCUCAUCAAAGUUAAGCUGCUGGUUAAUAAAGAAGGCCGAUACGUCUGUGAACUAUGCCACAAGACAUUCAAAACGGCCAGCAUCCUCAAAGCUCACAUGAUAACUCACAGCAGCAGGAAGGAUUAUGAGUGUAAGAUAUGUGGGACAUCUUUCAGGACCAAGGGCUCGCUGAUCAGACACCACCGUCGUCAUACAGAUGAGCGUCCUUACAAGUGCAAGAAAUGUGGAAAAAGCUUCCGAGAGUCAGGAGCCUUGACCCGGCACCUGAAAUCCUUGACUCCUUGUACUGAGAAAACCCGCUUCAAUAUGAACAAGGAAAUAGUUGUGAGCAAAGAGGAUUUAGCAGCAGGGUCAAAUGACUCCACUGUAGAGGCUGUUCCCUCGCUAGCAGCUCAGUCUGUGGAGUCCCCUCCUGUGAUUCAUUUAGUGACGGAUGCAAAAGGGAAUGUCCUCCAUGAAGUUCACGUCCAGGUGCAGGAGCUCCCAAUCACAGAGGAGAAAUUGUUGGGCCAAGAGCCUUCAAAUCCUGAGGAUCUGCCCCCUGAGGGAGAUGACAAUGAGAACUUGCUGAGGGAAGCCAUGAGGAAUUCUGGGAUUGUGAUAGAACAGGUGUCCAUGGAGGAGGCGACCAAAUCAGAUGAAGCCAAUGAGGUGACUGUUGCAGAGGAGUCAAAGAAUGAAGAGGUGGAGAUGCCCGAGAAGCUGUGUGGGGAGCAGUACGUGAAGAUCGAGCAAGCAGAAACUCCAGAUGCAGAUUCGACUGAUGAGGGCCAGGUGUGCCCCUACUGCAGUGAAGUCUUCCGGGAACACAGCUCCCUUGACCAGCACAUUAGCAGACAUUUUGACUACAAACCUUUCCCAUGUGAAGAGUGUGGCAAAAGAUUCACCAAGGGCUACUUGCUGAAAAAACACCAGGAAGUGCACGUGAACGAGCGGCGGUUCCGUUGUGGGGAUUGCGGCAAGCUGUACAAAACAAUUGCGCAUGUGAAGGGACACAGGAGGGUUCACUCUGAUGAGCGGCCAUAUCCUUGCCCCAAAUGUGGCAAGAGAUACAAGACGAAGAAUGCCCAGCAGGUGCAUUUUCGGACACACCUCGAUGACAAACCAUACGUCUGCCAGUUCUGCAGUCAGGGAUUUCGGGAAAAGGGUUCCCUGGUGCGCCACAUCCGCCACCACACAGGGGAGAAGCCCUUCAAAUGUUACAAAUGUGGCCGUGGUUUUGCAGAGCAUGGCACCCUCAACAGGCACCUGAGGACCAAAGGUGGCUGUCUGCUUGCCUUGAAAGAAGCUGAAGAAGAAGCAGUGUCGGAGGAAGGUCAGUCUGCUGACAAUUUGGCUGCAACAGUCAUUUCUGAAGAUCCUCCUACAGUCCUCGUGGAGUUCUCUUCGGUGGUGGCAGAUACGCAAGAGUACAUCAUUGAGACAGCUACCGAAGAGAUGGAAACCACGGAAGCUGCUGAAAUCAUAGAAGGGACAAGGCAUGAGGUGGACAGUCACAUCAUGAAAGUAGUUCAGCAGAUCGUCAACCAAGCAAAUUCUGGCCAUCAGAUAAUUGUCCAGAAUGUCACUGUGGCAGAAAGUUCUGCCUUGACACCUGAUGGCACAGACGCAGACACAAUUGCCAUAGCAACUCCUGAGAGUCUCACGGAGCAGGUUGCCAUGACGCUGGCUUCAGCCAUUGGUGAAGGAGCAGUGUUGACCACAGAGGGGAGCAGCGAGGCUGAAGAGGCAACAGUGACAAUGGUGGCAUCCGAAGACAUUGAAAUAAUGGAGCACACGGGAGAGUUUGUGAUUGCCACCCAGGAGGAGGAAGUGGAGGUUCAGACUGUUAUAGUCUAAACCAGGGGAGAGAGAGCCAUAUCUACAUUCAAUGUCUGGAGGCUGCCCUGUGGGUGGUCUUCAGUGCUG